GCCGCGAAGUCCCAUGCUCAGCGCGACCCUCAGGAGCGCUCGCCGGCCGUCCGUGGCCGCCUGCUGCAGAUUGAGGCGGCCAGCUGCGUCGGCGCGCGCCUUCUCGGCGGAGCCCGCGACCGACAAGCUCGUCAUCUUCGACACGACGCUGCGCGACGGCGAGCAGUCUCCCGGCGCGACGCUGACUGAGUCGGAGAAGGUCGAGAUUGCGAAGCAGCUGUCGCGGCUGGGCGUGGACGUGUGCGAGGCGGGCUUUCCGAUCGCGUCGGAGGGCGACUUCGCGGCCGUCACGCAGGUCGCCAAGACGUCGGGCCAGCUCACCGACGGCCGGCGAAGCGGGCAGCCGAUGCGGAUCGCCGGGCUCGCGCGCGCGAACAAGAAGGACCUGGAGCGGUGCUACGAGGCGGUGCGGCACGCGCCGCUCCACCGGAUACACACCUUCCUCGCCUCCUCCGACAUCCACCUCGAGCAUAAGCUCGGCAUCUCGCGCGCAAAGUGCGUCGAGAUCUCCUCGUCGAUGGUCGCUUUCGCAAAGUCGAUGGUCGACGACAUCGAGUUCUCGCCCGAGGACGCCGGGCGGUCCGACCCCGCCUUCCUCGUCGAGCUGUGCGAGGCCGUCAUCGAGGCGGGCGCCACCACCAUCAACUUGCCCGACACUGUCGGCUACACGCUGCCGGACGAGUACUCGUCGCUCUUCGCGCACCUGAUCGCAAACGUCAAGGGCGCAGACCGCAUCAUCUGGUCCACCCACUGCCACAACGACCUCGGCCUCGCGACUGCAAACUCGCUCGCCGCAGUCGAGGUGACCCUCAACUCGCUGGGCGAGCGCGCGGGCAACACAUCCCUCGAGGAGGUUGUCAUGGCGCUGCGCACGCGGCCGCACCUCUUCCCGGUCCAUUGCGACAUCGAGACGAAGCAGAUCAUGCGCACGUCCAAGAUGGUUGCGACGUACACCGGCAUCGCCGCCAACAAGGCCAUCGUCGGAGCGAACGCGUUUGCACACGAGUCGGGCAUCCACCAGCACGGCAUGCUCAAGCACGCGGCCACGUACGAGAUCAUCACGCCCGAGUCGGUCGGGGCGGACAGCUCAAACAUGCUGGUGCUGGGCAAGCAUUCGGGCAAGGCCGCCUUCCGCGCGCGGCUGAUCGAGCUCGGGUCCAGGCGGUGCAGGAGAAGGCGUGGGAGCUGCUCUCGUGUUCGGUGCAGUCCAACUCGGAGAACCACGGCCACAAGGUCUCCUCGACGGCGACGGUGCGGCUGCACGAGGUCAGCACCGGCACAGAGCACGCCGUCGCCGCCAUCGGAGCCGGCCCCGUCGACGCAACCUUCAAGGCCAUCCUGCGCAUCAUCGGCCGGCCCAUCGAGCUCAAGCAGUACAACGUGACCAAGAUCCACGGUGGCUCGGGCGGGCCGGGCAACGACGCGCUCGCCUCCAUCAACCUGCACAUCGCGCCGCGCGAGGUCGGCGACGCGGGCUUGCCCGGGUACGAGGCGCCCGACCCGUCCUUCCCGGGACACCACGGCGCUAUCUACCGCGAGGGCGCCAACGGCGCGCCCGAGCUCGUCAACGCCGAGACCUUCGAGGGGCGCAAGCCCGCCGUCGCAACCUACAC